AUGCAGGUUUUCUCGUUCACGUUCAGUGCUGCCACACUCUUCUUGGUCCUCUGCCUGCAGCUGGGGAUCAUUGAAAGCCAGGAUAACGUAACUCCCCGAAAAGCACUUUUGUUUGAACUAGUUGUUCCAUCAACAGCAAAGGAAAAUCAGGAGGUCACUGCGGAACUUAGGCUUCAAACACAAUAUGAUGAAUGUAUGGUGAUCAAAGCUUACCUUGUAAGUAAUGUACCAAUGGAAGGUUCCUUCAACUAUAUACAAACCCGUUGCCUCUGUAAAGAUUAUCCUGUUGCCUUUUUUUGGGAUUUUGUAGUCACACAAACUGUAACAUUUGCAACAGUGGUUGACAUUGUUACUGAGAGGAAUAUCUGCCCUAAUGAUGAGGCAGUGGUGCCCAUCACAGGAAACCGGUACCACACUUAUCGUACUGUGAGAAUGAUUUAA